UGAGUCAUCGCUGCCUCUGCACGCUGACUCCGGUUCGGGUCCCACAGCACCGAGCCUGUCUUGGUUCUCCGUCCCGCCUCGGCAUUGGCUCCUACACGACCAAUUAUGUAAAUGUAUUUGCACGUCGGACGAAGAGGGAGGACCCGGGGAAGGGCCAGUCGAAUGCUACGUGUCUUGAAAGUCCCUUUAAAAAUCUCAAAUCGCCUCGUUCUCCGUGCAAAACUUUUCGGUGCCAACAAUUCCAGGGAGCGCACAGCACAGGCCUGCCCGUGAGAAGAGCUCCGAGCCCGGUGUCCCGCAGCGUUAACCCGGCGUUAACCCCCAGCAACAUGUCCGGAGUGAAAAAGCUUCGUACGGAUCUCAACCGGGCGACCAAUGUGGUGUACCAGGCCCACCAUGUGAGCCGGAGCAAGAGGGGGCAAGUAGUGGGCACCCGAGGGGGAUUCAGGGGCUGCACCAUCUGGCUCACUGGCUUGUCUGGUGCUGGAAAGACUACAAUCAGUUUUGCUCUGGAGGAGUAUCUAGUAUCCCACGCCAUCCCUUGCUACUCGCUGGACGGAGACAACAUUCGUCACGGUUUGAACAAGAAUCUGGGCUUUUCCUCUGAAGAUCGUGAGGAAAACAUCCGGCGUGUUGCUGAGGUGGCCAAACUGUUUGCUGAUGCUGGCCUCGUGUGCAUCACCAGCUUCAUCUCUCCUUUUGCACAGGAUCGCAGUGAGGCGAGGAGGAUCCAUCAGAGUUCGGGGCUGCCAUUUUUUGAAGUGUUUGUCCACGCUACUCUUGAAGUGUGUGAAAGCAGGGACGUUAAAGGACUUUACAAGAAGGCCCGUGCUGGAGAGAUUAAGGGAUUCACAGGGAUUGACUCAAAUUACGAGCGUCCAGAGGCACCGGAGCUUGUUCUGAAAACUGGAGAGCUCUCCGUAAACGAAUGUCUCCAGCAAAUAUUGGAACUGCUUAGGGAGCAGAAUAUUGUUCCAGGGGAGAUCAUGGAGGAGGUGAACGAGCUCUUUGUCCCCGAGAACAAGCUGAGUCUCGCCGUGGCUGAUGCAAACAGUCUGCCCACCAUUAGCAUCACCAAGUUGGAUCUACAGUGGGUUCAGGUCUUAGCUGAAGGCUGGGCCAGUCCUUUAAAAGGCUUCAUGAGGGAGAGGGAGUUCCUCCAGGUUAUGCACUUUGGCAACUUAUUGGAUGGUGGAGCCAUCAACAUGUCUAUUCCCAUCGUGCUCCCCGUGACCAUGGAGACCAAGCAGGAGCUGGACGGCCACGCCGCUGUAGCUCUGGAGUACCAGGGCUCACGAGUGGCCAUCCUCCGAAACCCAGAGUUUUACGAGCACCGUAAGGAGGAGCGCUGCGCCAGACAGUGGGGCACCACCUGUCCACAGCACCCCUACAUCAAGAUGGUAAUGGAGGGAGGUGACUGGCUGGUCGGCGGCGACUUGGAGGUCCUGGAGAGAAUCAAGUGGAACGACGGACUCGACCACUACCGCCUCACUCCCAAGGAGCUCAAGCGAAAGUUCAAAGACAUGGGAUCAGAUGCCAUAUUUGCUUUCCAACUGCGUAAUCCGGUCCACAACGGUCACGCCUUGCUCAUGCAAGACACUAAGCGCCGCCUGCUGGAGCGAGGCUACAAAAACCCUGUCCUUCUCCUUCACCCGCUCGGAGGUUGGACCAAAGAUGAUGACGUACCUCUGGAGUGGAGGAUGAAGCAGCAUGCCGCCGUCCUGGAGGAGGGGGUCCUGGACCCGGCCAACACCAUCGUCGCCAUCUUCCCUUCUCCUAUGAUGUACGCUGGACCGACAGAGGUUCAGUGGCACUGUAGAGCCAGGAUGAUCGCUGGAGCCAACUUUUACAUCGUAGGCCGGGACCCUGCAGGCAUGCCCCACCCAGAGACAAAGAAAGACUUGUAUGAGCCCACCCAUGGAGGGAAAGUUCUCACCAUGGCUCCUGGCCUCACCUCGGUGGAGAUCAUCCCCUUUAGAGUCGCUGCGUACAACAAGGCCAAGAAGGCUAUGGACUUUUACUCCCCAGAACGUAAUGCUGAGUUUGAGUUCAUCUCUGGAACCAAGAUGAGGAACUUGGCUCGCACUGGAGAGAACCCCCCUGAUGGUUUCAUGGCCCCUAAAGCAUGGAAGGUGUUGGUGGAGUACUAUACUUCUCUACAGAAGAACAAGUAACUGAUGUUCAGCUCUCAAGACAACCAGCAUAACUUAAAAAAAAUACUUAGCUCUUAAUGGAUUGGAAUAUUUACACUCUUUUUUCCUUCUUUAAGUCACUUACUCUUUAUAAAUAGAAUGAACUUUACUUUUCAUAAACAAUUCAUUUCUGUGGAGAAUGAAUCAUCUGUGUUCUAAAAAUUUCAGAAAUCCUAAGAACUAAAAGUAUUUUAACAUUCCAAUACAAUGAUGCAGUAUCUAAACCCAUUAUUAUUUUUUUAUGCAUAAUAACUUAAUAUUUAAUAAGUUAAACCUGAGAUUAUUUUUUAUUUUGUAUGAUAUAUGUUUAGAAGCACAUUCCAAGAAUGGAAAAUCAUAAUGUCUUUUCAUAUUUUGAAGGAACAGAAACAAAUCUAUGUACUUGUCACUUUUUAUAUAGCAUUUUAACAUGACAAUUAUAGAACUGUUUUUGUAUUAAACCUGAAAGAAAAGAACUUUGUAGUUUUAUCACUGCAUACAACAGCUACCUUUAUAGGUGUAUUGUUUUUAUAAUGUGAAAGUGCCUUUUUAUUCUUCUCUUGUCUUUAUAAAACUGAAUUUUAAUUUUCUUGCUGUUAUUUUAACUGAAACGUCCAAGAUCUUUAUGGCAUUAUGAACUGGGUGUGUACAUUGUUUUAAUGGAAACUUGCUGCUUUAGAAAUAACCUGGAAAAAGCAAUGAAUAAAAUGAAGUUCUUUCUCGUUAUGAA